UCUCGGUUAAAAAAGUUUCGUAUCGUGUGAGAACACGAUGAGGUCCCUACGACACAUACAACGCGUAGAUUUGUCGCCUGUUGAAGUUCCCCAUGAUUUACAAUCAGAGUGGCGAAAGACUCUCACCACAAGAAUAGCGAGGUCAUUUUAGGAUCAGAAUAACGAGAGCACUUUACUACCAGAAUGGGGAGAGCACUGUUCCAUCAUAAUAACGAGAGCAAUCUGCAAGACAAACACCAAGAGCAUUCUCUCAGAGUUUCCAGCAGGUAAACUCCACUCCCCAUUCGGUCCGUAACUGCACAGCACCAGAGUUCGCUGUACGGGUAAAGAAUCUCUGCCUCCAUUGAAUGGAGAAAACCAAGCAUUCUCCUCGACUUAUCCCACGUUCAGAAUCGAAAUGGAGCACAUUUGCCUUUCGUGCAAGGGCGUUUUACUGACGGACUCGAGUGUUUGAGGACGCCAAUCGUCUACCUCCCAGAGGUCUUGUUUUCCCCAUUUCCUUCGGAUUUCGCUCCUUAGAAAAUCCAAGCUACGAAUGGUGUAGAAGGUAAGCGGUGUAUCGCGGGCUCGUCUCCCAGAUCUAUUGUCUACAAAGCCGAAAGUUCAGAACUUCAGGCAGAGGAGAACAGUGGUAUCACACUCCCACUCCCGUAGUGCUGAGGUGGUUUAUAGCGGGGCACUUCUUCGCUUUGUGAACGUCAGCAUUCUACCAAGCAAACCACCUCCGUCCACAUUCCAGUGAAUCGCGAACUCCUUUCUUUGUGAAAAUUGUCCUGCCACGGAGAGGAGGCCCUUUCUCUUCAGCUCGUCCUGCGCGUUGCGGGGCUCAGGCGUCUCAGGGUAAGCGCGCAUGCAUUGACGGGCAAAAAAGCGGUGGCAAGUCCUUUUCUCAGGGGGCGGCGCCCAAAGGCUUUUCCUGGGUUGCUGCAGCAGCACGCGUGUGGUACUUUUGCGAGGAAGACCGAGAACUGGAGUGCCUGGCAACUUUUCCGCUCUCUUGGAAGUCACUUCUUUCUGUCGCUGCGGCACACCUAGGACACAGCUCCACGCUUCGGCUCUGGAACGUACUCUCCUGGGAUGCGCGUCCUCUAGACGGAGGCGUUCCUCGUUCCGCGACGUUUUCCUUGUGCAUCGGACCUCUUCCUCCCUUCUCAGCCUCUCCUCCCCGCUUUCUCCCGCCUACACUUUUCUACCGGGAGCAGUCGCGCACUUCGUUCUAGCACGCUCUCGCCUACGGCGCUGCUUUCGACUUCCGCGUUCCCGUCCCUCCCCUGACGGAACGCAGCCUUCCUUUCCGCGCUUCCUUCCUUGACAACGCCGCACUUGCCACUUUCCCGCGUGGCUGCCUCCUCGUCAACAUGAACGCCUCGAUUCUUUUCCGCAGAAACGCACCAGGCGUUUCGACCUGCCUUCGACGCAGGUGUCUGCGUCCUGCCGCGCUCGCCGCAGCGUCCGCUUCGGGUGUAUCGACACCUGCCUCGGGUGUAUGGACGCCGGCGUUCCAGCGCACAGAGAAGCGGUUUCUGAGCGGCGCGGCGCUGCAGCCGAAGGCGGGUCCGGCGCCUGAGUACCGGCGCGUCCCGUUCGUCAAGGAAGACAUGGAGAAAGUCAUGGAAGAAGUCCCGGAAUUCAAGUACUACUACGUCGGCAAGGAGAACACCAAGGGAAACGUGUACGAGGGCAUCCCCCUCGACCAAAGCAUUCUGGAGCCUGCGGAUCUCCGAGACUACGUCCCACCCCACAGCAACAUCCAAUACUCGAAGCUGGACAACGGCUUGCGGAUUGCGUCGAUGGAUCGAGGAGGCCUGACCGCCUCCCUGGGGCUCUUCGUGCAUGCAGGCACUCGUUUUGAAGACGUCACGAACUUUGGCGUCACCCACAUGAUCCAGAACCUUGCUUUCGCCUCCACGGCUCAUCUGUCGCUUUUGCGAACCGUCAAAACUAUCGAGGUGUUGGGCGCGAACGCGGGAUGCGUCGUCGGCCGGGAACACCUGGUGUACAGUGCAGAGUGCCUGCGUUCGCACAUGCCGCUGCUGGUCCCGAUGCUGACGGGGAACGUCCUCUUUCCUCGCUUCCUUCCCUGGGAGCUGAAGGCAUGCAAGGAGAAACUCAUCAUGGCUCGCAAGCGCCUAGAGCACAUGCCAGACCAAAUGGUCUCUGAACUGCUGCACACGACAGCGUGGCACAACAACACUUUGGGUCACAAGCUGCACUGCACCGAGAGGAGCCUCGGCCAUUACAACCCCGACGUCAUCCGCCACUACAUGCUUCAGCACUUCUCCCCUGAAAACAUGGUGUUCGUUGGCGUGAAUGUGAACCACGACGAGUUGUGCACAUGGCUGAUGCGCGCAUUUGUGGACUACAACGCCAUUCCGCCUUCGAAGCGAACUGUCGCUUCGCCUGUGUACACUGGAGGAGAUGUGCGCCUGGAAACUCCGUCCCCGCAUGCACACAUGGCCAUUGCCUUUGAAACGCCGGGCGGCUGGAACGGAGGCGACUUGGUGGCGUACUCUGUUCUGCAAACAAUCCUUGGUGGCGGCGGCGCGUUCUCGACGGGAGGACCAGGGAAAGGCAUGUACACUCGACUGUACUUGAACGUGCUCAACCAGAAUGAGUGGGUCGAGAGCGCCAUGGCGUUCAACACCCAGUACACCGACUCAGGCAUCUUUGGCCUGUACAUGCUCGCAGAUCCGACCAAGUCCGCGAACGCCGUGAAGGUGAUGGCGGAGCAGUUCGGCAAAAUGGUCUCUGUAACGAAGGAGGAGCUGCAGCGCGCGAAGAAUUCGCUCAAGUCGUCAAUCUUCAUGAAUCUCGAGUGCCGCGGCAUCGUCAUGGAAGACGUCGGCCGCCAACUGCUGAUGAGCAACCGCGUCAUCUCCCCGCAGGAGUUCUGCACGGCCAUCGACGCCGUGACCGAGGCUGACAUCAAGAGAGUUGUGGACGCCAUGUACAAGAAGCCGCCGACCGUCGUUGCCUACGGUGACGUUUCGACCGUCCCGCACUACGAGGAGGUACGCGCUGCUCUCCGAGCCGCGGGCGUCGGCAAGUGAAGCUGAAAAGCAGGGCGCAGAGAGAAUUGGAAAGGUCUCGGAAACGAAGAAAGCUGCAUGCGCCGCCCGUCCUCCGAGAGGAAGGAACGUGUCUACCUCGCGUUCGAGAGAGAAGACAAAACCAAAAAAGAGAGAGAACGAGAAGGAGAUCAACAGAGAGAGAACGAGAAGGAGAUCAACAGAGAGAGAGCGAGAAGGAGAUCAACAGAGAGAGAACGAGAAGGAGAUCAACAGAGAGAGAACGAGAAGGAGAUCAACAGAGCGAACUGAAAGAGACACACCUUGCGUGGAUGUGGGCUGCAGCGAGGACGCGCGUAGUCUGAUUGGUAUGGUUCUCUCUUCCUAGCAGACAGAUGCGUUACACUGUGUGGGGCAGACCAGAUCACUGGUUACGUUUCUCUCUUUCGCUUCUUCUUGGAACUUUUGUCCCCGUUCUCAGGUUCCCUGAGAGCGAGUGUUUGUCCAGGUUCCUCCUCUCCGCACUGUUUUUGAGGGAGGGAAGAUGUUUUCUCGCUUUGUAGGCUUCUCGCGAUUGUGCGUCGCCGGCGGCCCCGCUCUCCGUUUACUCAGCUCAUUUAUGGAAGCCUGGGGAGGACAGCCACCGCUUGCUGAGAACAGAGGAUGCGGAGGCGGUGCCGACGAGUCUUCAACUCUGGACAUUCUGUAGAACUCGAGAUCAGUUUUCAUGGUUUCUCUUCGCUGUUGGAGCCAGACGCGCGUUGUCUCGGCUUCCGAUAGCUGGCUUGCGGCACCUUAAACGGUGCGAGCAACCAGG